CGCGUUAAAAGCAGUUUUUAUACUGUGCAUCGCUUAUAAAGCAGAACCUCCCCCUCUCCUAGUCUCGUCUCCCACAAGCCGCAAACCCAUCUUCCCCUAGCCCAAGCAAACCGCACACGCCACCAUGUUCCUCACGAGGACGGAGUACGACCGCGGCGUGAACACCUUCUCGCCGGAGGGACGCCUAUUCCAGGUCGAGUACGCCAUCGAGGCCAUCAAGUUGGGAUCUACUGCAAUCGGGUUGAAGACGAAGGAUGGGGUUGUUCUUGCUGUGGAGAAACGUGUGACGUCUCCAUUGCUGGAACCUAGCAGUGUUGAGAAAAUCAUGGAAAUUGAUGAGCAUGUAGGCUGUGCCAUGAGUGGCCUUAUUGCUGAUGCAAGAACAUUGGUUGAGCAUGCUCGAGUGGAGACCCAAAACCAUAGAUUCUCAUAUGGGGAACCGAUGACAGUUGAGUCCACCACACAAGCUAUUUGCGAUCUAGCUCUUCGCUUUGGAGAAGGUGAAGAAGAGUCUAUGUCACGACCUUUUGGAGUUUCUCUCCUUAUUGCUGGUCAUGAUGAAAAUGGGCCGAGCUUGUACUACACUGACCCAUCUGGAACCUUUUGGCAGUGCAAUGCCAAGGCAAUAGGGUCAGGCUCUGAGGGUGCCGAUAGUUCCUUGCAGGAGCAGUUCAACAAGGAGCUGACCCUUCAGGAGGCUGAAACCAUUGCUCUAUCUAUCCUGAAACAGGUUAUGGAAGAAAAGGUGACUCCAAAUAAUGUCGACAUCGCCAGGGUCGCGCCGAACUACCACCUUUACACCCCUGCAGAGGUUGAAGCAGUCAUAGCACGAUUGUGAAACGCAGAAAUCUUUGUCGAAUGUCAACCAGGAUUCAUAUGUUCCUUGUGCUGUGUGUCUGACAUCCAGAUGCCUUCAAAUUAGCAGAAGCACAAUUGCUCUAUGAUAUGGACACUGAUGUUUGCCUCUUUUCAUUUGAUUAUCUUGUGUUAACAAGAAGGUGUAGAGGCCUAGCUGUUGUUGCCUUGUCACUUGCCGGUAAGGAGAUUGUACUACACCCUUUUGUUUGAUAUACGAAGGAUUUGUGGCAAUAGCAUGCAGUAUUUCAGCAACAA